CAUGAUAGUCUCGAUUGGAUCGACCACGGACCUAAUUGUUACCCCAACAGAUUCGGAAUCUUUGGUCGCACGUAAUGACGUAGGCACGUAAGUUUCCUGUUAGUGUUUAACGGCACAGACACUUGACAGUUUGAAGGUGUUAAUAGAGAUGGAGAAUAGUGACGGCGAGGACACAGGUGAAUCAGAGCCUGCACUCCGUACACAGCCUCUGUGUCGCUUCUUCUCUCAAGGAAGACACUGCAAUUUUGGGAAGAAAUGCAGAUUCCUACAUGUAAGAGAUGAUACCAAAGCUAAUGAGAAGAGAGUUAUCAGGACCCCCAUCCAGUCCGAUGUCACCACUCCAAAUUCAGAGGUCCCUAGAGGAGAUGUGGAGCACAAGCCUCCUCCUGCUGGUAACUCAAGGGUUGCCCCAGCAGCUAGCCGCCGCCCCUGUCGAUACUUUAUCUCAGGCCACUGCACCAUGGAAGACAGAUGUCGCUUCUGGCAUCCACCACAGUUACCCCCAGUGAAUGACCAGCCUAAUCAUGGCAAUUACCCAAGACCUGUGCAGAGGAUGCCACCAGCACCCCGUCCUGGCAUCCCCCAGGAGGUAAAGCUGUGUGACCUGACAGAGGAUGUCGCCGAACAGCUACGAGACACAGAGAUUAAGCAGCUGAAGAAGCGUUUUUCCAAAGACCAGCUCAUUAUUCAGGAACGGAGUGAUGGCAAAGUUACUUAUUACAGGGCGACUGUUGGGGCCACUGAUCCAGACUGGCCUUUUGAUCUGAAAGAAGUUGACAUCAUGGUGAGCUUCCCAGACACUUACCCCCAAGAGAUUUUCACAUUGGACAUACCGUUGGACCAGGAGCUGCCCCCAGUAAUGGCAAGACAUGUACAGCAAGCGUCAUUGGAGUGGCUUCAAGCCAAACAUGCAACCAAUCAGCUUCGGGGAAAGGUAGAGCUGCUCUUUCGGCCUUUUCUUCGCUGGCUAGAUCGUAGUUUGGAGAGACUGUUCACUGAAGGAGCCCGGCAGUUAAAAAAAGACGUUGAUUUAGAAAAAGCUGGCCUGCAGUUUAUAUCGUACCAAGAGCUCCAGGCAACAGUGUAUGAAAAAUCUGGGGAAAAUAAUUCAUCUGACACCGCUGCUGCAGAUGAGGAUGUUGGUGAUGGAGGAAAACUGGAAACGACAGAAGGGGAGGGGACAAUGGAGGGAGAGAAGUUAGUGCAGCAGGAGGGUUCAGAUUUUGAUGAAGGGGAGCAGCAGGAAGAGGAAGCCAGCCAUCUGGUGGAGAACAUUAAGAUCAGUGAUCCCCGCAGAGGCACAGAGAUGAAGCUGUUGGGACUGAGGCUGGGAGAGAACACAGCCACCGUAGUGGCCCAACAAAUCACUGUUUGUCUUCAAUGUAACAGGUGCAAGGUAACUGCAGACCUGACACUGACUGGAAAAACACCCUGCACAGCUCAGUGUGAGAAGUGCAGUGCAAGCAUCAAUGCUGCGUUCAGGCCCUGCAUGCUGCAUCAUUACAGUGAUGUCUUGGGAUACUUGGACCUUCACAAUGCUGCACCUUCUGACCUUGUGCUUCAGGACUGUGAUCUCAUUGUUGGCUGCCUCAGCUGCUCCCAGGACGGCCCCACGCAGAACGUUUCUUACGGUCAAACAAAGGAAUUUAAUUGCGAACACUGCCACAGCAAACUCAGUAUUCUGGCUGAGAGCACAAGAUUCCAGUAUAUUCAGCCACGCACCAACAAAACAGGUCCAAGCGCUGGUGCUGUUAAUUAUAAGACGAUAAGAGAUCCUGCUGUGCAAAAGGGGAAGCCACUGCCAGAAAAAGGAGUAUGCAAACAUUACAAACAGAGCCAUCGCUGGCUAAGGUUUCCCUGCUGCGGCCGGGCUUACCCCUGUGAUGGCUGCCAUGAUGAGGACCAGGACCACCCCAUGGAACUGGCCACCAGGAUGAUCUGUGGCUAUUGUGCCAAAGAGCAGCCAUACGGCAAUGGAAAGCCUUGCAUCAGCUGUGGAAGCAUGAUGACGAGAGGUGCACGCACCAGCCACUGGGAGGGAGGACUGGGAUGCAGAAGCAAAGUCAAAAUGUGCAGAAACGAUCGACAGAAAUAUGCCAACACCAACAAAACAAUUUCAAGGAAGGCUGGCGCUGUAAAGAAGUAGUUGGUGAAGAAAACACCCUAUUGAUACAUGAUUUCAAUGAAAUUUUUUGCACAUUUCACUAAUAAAUCAUGUUGUUA